UCCUCCAAUGGAUCUUUACCUGCUUCAUCCGGGACCUCCGCUCUCAGUGCCGUCCAGACUAUCGCUGCUGGUGACUCGUUCGAUGGGGGAAUGGUUAUGUACGAUCGUGGAGUUUCUUGCACCGGCCAAUCCGAAGGUGGUGAUUCUGAUGCAGUCUUCCAAAUUGAGAAUGGCGGCUCACUCUCCAACGUCAUCAUCGGACCCAACCAAAUCGAAGGGGUCCAUUGUCAAGGGGCUUGUACACUCACGAAUGUUUGGUGGUCUGCUGUCUGCGAAGAUGCCUUCACGAUCAAAAACCAGGAUGCGGGAGAGACUACGAAAAUCGUUGGAGGUGGUGCUUUUGGGGCUGAAGAUAAGGUUAUGCAGCACAACGGUGGAGGAACACUGUCCAUUUCCGACUUCACUGUGGAGACUUUCGGAAAGCUGUACAGAUCUUGUGGAAACUGUGACACGAUGUACGAACGUCAUGUCAUCAUGGACGGUAUCACUGCGACCGAUGGAAGUGAACUUGCUGGUAUUAACAGCAACUAUGGCGAUAGCGCUACCAUCACGAAUUCAGCCUUGACUGAUGUCAGCGAUGUCUGUGUUACUUACACUGGCACAGAUGACAAUGACGAAGAGCCUGUUGAGAAUGGUUCUGGCAACGAUGGAACAUAUUGUAUCUAUGGUUCUGAUGUUACUGAGUCAUGA